GUGUUGAUGUCACUGACAAGCAGUCGAGGGUGCAUCCAAAGGCAGUGGACAUCGGCAUUGGUGCAGAGACUGCCAUAAAGGAACUCCAACAGCGGAGUAAAUCCUCAGAGGAACUUUCCAUCCUACAUUUUCAAAACCAAUGCAUGGAGUGUCUAUCCAAAAUGGUCCAGAAGAUUCAGGAGAGGAGCCCUUUGAAGUUUCCGAUUGUUAGACAAUUAACUUGUCUGAACCCAGCCUUUAUGUACAGCAACCCUGAACUGUGUCAGAAACAGAUGAAGAGCAUAGUCAGGAAGUUUCUACAAGACAGACAGUUGGAUGGAGGAGUUGCUGCUGGUGAUCUGAUCACCCAGAAGUUCUCAGAGAUGCUGUCCCUGGAGGUCCGAACUGAAGAAUUUCAGUCCUUCCAGCCAUUCAAGAAAAGACUGGAUGUCUUUCUAAGCAACAUCAUCAGUGAGACCUACCCACAACUUUGGUCCUUUAUCCAGAAGCUUCUACUUCUAUCACACGGGCAGGCAACAGUUGAGCGGGGCUUUUCGGUGAACAAAGAAAUUGAAACUGCUAACAUUCACAAAGACACCGUUGUAGCGCAGAGAAUCGUCUGUGACUACAUCUCUCUCCAUGGAGGGGUUACCAAGGUCCCCCUCAUGCCAGCCCUGCUUUCCUCGGUCUCAUCUUCCAGAGCAAGAUAUAGAAUUCAUCUUGAGACGGAGAGAAAAAAGAGAGAAUCUCAAGCAGAGUCAGAAAAACGAAAGGCCAUUGAGGAGAACCUGGAGCAACUGAGAAAGCACAGAAGAUCCAUCAAGGAGGUAGCCGAACAUCUGCUCAGGGAUGCUGAUAAGUUGGCAGACCAGGCUGAAGCCAAGCAAGCAGGCAGCAAGAUGGCGGAGCUAAUAGCAAAAUCGAAUGCCUUUAGAAGGAGCCACAAGGAAAAGAUGGCUGAACUCAUUAAACUGGACGAACAGAUUGCUGCCAAAAGAGCUGAGCUCCAAAAGCUGUAGGAUCUAUUGAAAUGCACACAGGCACACCCACAGACGAAUGCAGGCACACGCACACACAAACACACACACACACGUACACCCCUCACAGUUAUUGUUUUAAAUUAUUCUGUCUUAGGACUUAAAUACAGUGUAGAUUGCAACAACCGCACACAGGCACACCCACAGACGAAUGCAGGCACACGCACACACAAACACACACACACACACACGUACACCCCUCACAGUUAUUGUUUUAAAUGGUUCACUUAGAUACAAUGUAGAUUGCAACAACCGCACACAGGCACACCCACAGACGAAUGCAGGCACACGCACACACAAACACACACACACGUACACCCCUCACAGUUAUUGUUUUAAAUGGUUCUUAAAUUAAUGACUUAAAUACAGUGUAGACAGGCUGUAGGUUACUUUGGGAAAAAACAUCCAUACAAAGGCGCACCCACAGACGUGUGCAUGUGCAUACAUGCACUCCUCACACAGUUAUUGUGUUUAAAUAUGGUGAAUGUUAUGUUGAAGCAGAUCUUUGAAAGCUGUUGUCCUCAGAGCAUAUUGUUCAUUAAAGUUAUUUAUUUGAU